ACGUCCAUGCUCACUUUGUGUAUUGGAAGUCAUGAGCCAUAGAAAGGUCAGCUGGUGUGGAGGCCUGGGGGUUGGAGCCUGAUGAGCCAUCUGUGAGAGAGGGCACAUGGGGGGCUGCCUCUGGACAGCCUGGAGACACUGGUUCAUUUGCUUUGUGCUCAGAGACCUGGCAAGGAGUUAAGCUACCCGAGGGCAGGGUAGCUGCCCGUCUGCUGGAGCCCCGGCUGAGGUGCUCACAGGCUGGGGGGCAGAGAGGCCUCUGGCUGGGUGUGCGGGGCCGGGGUCUACUGUGCCAGUGUCCAUCUGGGCAGAACUGUUUGUGGGUUGUAGGUGCAGCUCCUGGACAGAUAACCAAAGUACGUGUGCUGGUGUCACCCGCAGUGCCUGCAGUGGCCACCAGGGAGUGCUGGGGCGUUUGUAGGAGACUAGGGUCGGUCUGGGUAGUUACAAAUAAUUUUUGUUUAAUAUUCAAGUUACACGGUAUUCUUUAUUUGGGAGGGAAGGUAUACAUCACUGCAUUUUAACCCAUGGGAGUGUCACCCCUCCAGAGUGAAUUUUAAUUUGAUUUUGUAUCCUGUAGUUGCUUUGUUAAAAUGUAGAUAAUUGUGAUAUUUUUCUUAAAAAUUGAAAUUCUAACUCCCAGUUGAUUCAAAUUGUUGUAGUUUACAGGGAAACUGUAGUCAUUUUAGGUUAUUUAGGUUUUUUUCCCACUUUACUCAACUUAGUUCAAGCCAAAGAGUAGACUAAGGGGCAGCUGCGCAAAGGGCGAACAGUCUUCUUUCCUUGAUGUCUCGCGUAGGUGGUUGCGCUUGCCUUUUUUCUCCUUGUAUGCUUUUUGGGCGUUACAGGAGGAAAACACGGUCUUUGCGUCACAAAAGGUCCAGAGGAAAGGAGAGGCGACGAUCUCCCUUUCCUAACCGCAGCCUCUGUCCAGGGUAGUUCAUGCCCAAUUCCAGGAAUUUCCCAGUGUCCUUGUUCUUUUUUGUUCCCUCAGCUAGAAUCAGUUCUCAGUUGCUUAGAACCAGACCAGAGGAAGCUGAAUGAGCUGACCCACUUCUGGCCCAGGGCCUGCCUGGCAUGACUGUCCUGAGGACCUGGACGGUGGAAGCUGAUGAUGGAGCAGGUGGACAGAACCGAGGUGGUCCGGAGCGGCCUGCAUCCGGCCUUCUCCAAGGUCUUCACACUGGACUACUUUGAGGAGGUGCAGAAGCUGUGCUUUGAGGUCUACGACACCCACGGGCCCAGCAGCCUCAACUGCCAGGAUGACGACUUGGGGGGCAUGGAGUGCACCUUGGGGCAGAUCGUGGCCCAGAAGAAGGUGACCCCAGCACUGUUGCUGAAGGUCAGCAGGAACGCCGGCAAGUCCCCCAGCACGGUGAGGCCCCGCCUUCCACCAGCCCCGCCCCCUGCAGACCCCCACCCAUUCCUCGCCGAGGCCGGGGCCUCUGGACACCUCCCGAGGCUGGGCUGCAGCUGGGCAGGGAAGGGUGGGGUCAGACCCCUCCUGCCCAGCCGGGAGCCUUGGCGCUCUCCCUUCGCUCAGGUGAUAGCCAGAGACAUCUCUGGGAAUAAAGGCCAUGCGGAGCUCUCCCUCCGUGCCAUGAAGCUGGAUGACAAGGGCCUCUUCAGCAAGCCGGACCCCCUCCUGGAGCUGCACCGGAUCAACGAUGAUCAGAGCAAGCAGCUGGUGUACAGGACGGAGGUGGUGAAGAACGACCUGAGCCCCACCUGGCAGCCUUUCAAGGUGUCUCUGAGCAGCCUGUGCAGCUGUGAGGAGCCUCGGCCUCUGAAGGGCCUCGUCUGGGGUUAUGACUCCCGCGGGAAGCACGACUUCAUCGCAGAAUUCUCUACCACCUUAGUGGAGAUGCAGAAUGCCUUCCGGGAGGACCAGGCCCAGUGGGACUGUGUAAACCUCAAGUACACGCAGGAGAAGCGCAGUCCCAAGAACUCUGGGGUGGUCAUCCUGGCAGACCUGAAGGUGAGCCUCGGCCCAGCCUGCAGCCCCUCCCCCCCGCAGUGGGUGGAAGGGGUGCUCCUGCCUCAGUUCUGCAGAGAUUUGCCCCCACCCGUCUUUCUGUCCCAUGGAGAAGCCCUGUCCUUCCUUGCUGACGCUUCCGGGGACCCUGACUGCAGUGGUCCCCGGGCUCAGGUGAAGCUUCUGUUCCAGGCGAAAAGCUUGGAAACCAUGGUCACCCCCAGGUCAUCUGGUUGGUGGACUUGGAGUUUGAGUAGGGGGAGACGCAGCUGCCCUGAAGGGUCCCUGUGGCCCCAGCAAUACUACAUCCUGCUGAUCCUGACAAACGGCGUGGCGACCAACAUGGCGGACACACGUGAGGCCAUCAUGCGCGCCUCCCACCUGCCCGUGUCUAUCAUCGUGGGGAUGGGCAACGCCGACUUCACCGACAUGCAGGUCCUCGACGGCGACAGCGGUGUCCUGUGCUCCCCACGGGGUGAGCCUGCCCUUCACAUCUUGAAGUUUGUGCCCUUCUGGGAGCUCAAGAGCGCGUCCCCCGUGGCGCUGGCCAAGAGUGUGCUUGCCGAGGUGCCCAGGCAGCUGGUUGAGUAUUACAGACAAGGAAUGCCUCUGAGAGACCUUGGCGAGACCAGCCCGGGCUCCACUCCUGUCCUCAGAGGCAGCUGUGGGCUGAGGCAGCGGGACAAGGGCCGCUCGGCAGCCAGGCUGCUCUCUCCUCUGCUGUGGAGGGGCAAGGGCACCCUGGACCCUCGCAGAUCUGCAGCAGCUGCUGAGCCCCGGCCGUGA